UUAAGUGGCAAGAUUCUUUAAAGAUAUAAAGGCACACCUUCCACGAUGCUUGGUUUGUAUUGCAGAGGGUCUAUAACUUGUUGAUAAGGAACUUUUGAUUUGAAAUUGAAUAGCAGUGAGAAAUGAGUGUUCCUCAAACUCCAAGCAUCAACUAUCAUCCAUACUCCCAUGCACUUCAAAUUAGGGUUUAUCAAGCUUUUAUAUUCUCCAUCCCAAUCCUCUUCUCCAUCAUACUAUUCCUUUUGUUCUACUUGUUCUACCUUAAAAGAAGGGCUUAUGCACUCUCUUCUUCUCCACCAACACUUCCACCUUCUACUUUCAAUUAUGCUACCUCUUUUAUCCCCAUGACUUAUGCGGGGUUGAAAGGAGAUCUCAAGGAUAAGCUGCCAAAGGUUCUCUUUGAUGAAGAUUUAAAAGCAAAGGAUUCUGUAUGUUGUGUUUGUCUUGGUGAAUUUGAAAUAAAUGAAGAGUUGAUUCAAGUCCCUUCAUGCAAGCAUGUGUUCCACAAGGACUGUAUUCACCAUUGGCUUCAAUCCAAUUCCACUUGCCCACUCUGUAGAUGUUGUGUCUUCUUAGCUGUGGGGCCUAUCUCGCGACCUGUACGAUCGCAAUUUCAGCCGAACAUCGAUGAGCCCAAUUUCAGUGGUGAUGGCCCAGCAACUGAAGGUGUAACAUCCGCAGCAGAAAGCACUAGCACGGCAAUUGCAGCUAGUAGCAGUGUUAGCGACUGUUCAAGAGUCACCUCCACCUCUAAUGACAUCAACCAUGUUGUAUCUAGUGGACUUUCUGUUGUCAUACAUGUUGAAGCCUAGUAACACAUUAAAUACGUUAUUCAACUCAUUUUAUUUUUUGUGUAGUGUAUGAGUUGGUUGCACUUUUUCCAUAACCAUGCAAUCGAUGUUGAUGUUGAUGUUGAUGCAAUGGGAUAUGUAUUGUAGAACCAAAUAUAAUGAGAAUUAUCUUCAAGGAAAGAUGUCGAUGACAUCGAAUUAAAAGAGUCCAA